AUGUAUCAGAUCGGGAAUGUCAACUACAUCGCCACCAUCGCGGUGAUUGGUGGCGCCCUCUUCGGCUUCGACAUCUCGUCCAUGUCGGCCAUGAUCACGACACAGCCGUAUCUGUGUCAGUUCAACGAGCGCGGCUUCGACGACUCUGGCCGCUGCCUGGGUCCCUCGGACUCGACCCAGGGCGGCAUCACAGCCGCAAUGCCGGGCGGCUCGUUGUUCGGAGCUCUCGCCUCCGGCUUUCUGUCUGACAGAUUCGGCCGCAAGGCCACGAUCCAGCUAGGCUCGCUGUUCUGGAUUAUCGGAUCCGCUCUCAUGUCCGGCGCCGCCAACAUUGCGAUGCUCGUCGUCUCCCGAGCCAUCAACGGUUUUGCAAUUGGCAUUUGCUCCGCCCAAGUCCCGGUCUACAUCUCGGAGAUCGCCCCGCCCGACAAACGCGGCCGGCUCGUGAGCGGCCAGCAAUGGGCCAUCACCUGGGGCAUCAUGAUCAUGUACUUCAUCUGCUACGGCUGCGCCUUCAUCGACAACUCUGCUGCCUUCCGCCUGCCCUGGGCCCUGCAAAUGAUUCCGGCCUUGCUGCUCUUGGGCGGCGUCUUCUUGCUGCCCGAAUCUCCUCGCUGGCUCAUCAAGAAGAAACGCCUCGCCGAGGCGACCGAAGUGCUGGCUCUGGUCCGCGCCAAGAGUAACCGGAAUUCUCCGUUAGUCAAGGCCGAGUUCGACGAGAUCGUUCGGACCGUUCAGGAGGAGCACGACGGUGGCGAUGCCAGGUGGCGCGAGGUCUUCGCACCCAAGAUGCUCAACCGCACCUCAAUCGGCGUCUUCACGCAGAUUUGGUCGCAGCUGUCUGGCAUGAACGUGAUGAUGUACUACAUCACGUAUGUCUUCACCAUGGCCGGACUGUCAGCUUCCGGCUCCGACAACGGCGAGGUCCUCAAGUCCAGCAGUAUCCAAUUCGUAAUCAACGUCGUCAUGACGAUCCCAGCGCUGCUGUGGAUGGACCGCUGGGGUCGGCGCCCUACCCUGCUCGUCGGGGCGGCCUUGAUGUGUCUCUGGCUCAGCAUCAACGCAGGUCUCUUCGCCGUCUACUCGCAUCCUCCGAGUCCCGGUGAGUUUACUUCGACUGCCGAGUCUAUGGAGAUUUCCGGGGCCCCGGCGAAGGCCGUCGUGGCUUCGACGCUCCUCUUCGUCGCGACAUUUGCGCCAACCUGGGGGCCCGUGUCGUGGACGUACCCCCCCGAGCUGUUUCCGUUGCGCGUUCGCGGCAAAGCUGUGGCGCUCGCCACCUCGGCUAACUGGAUCUUCAACUUUGCGCUGGCCUAUUUUAGGGUGUACGUCCUCUUUGCCGUGUUCUGCGCCGCUAUGUUCCUGCAUGUCUUCUUUAUGUUCCCGGAAACGGCGAACAAGACGCUGGAGGAGAUCCAAGACAUCUUCGAUGACACGAAGCCCGGCGCUAUCAAGUACCUCGGCACGCCCGCAUGGAAGACCAGAAACGACCGUUCGAAGGCCGUGAGGAGUGGGCCGGCAACAGCUAGCCAGGACAUGGAGCUCCAGAGCCAGGCCCCAAGCAACGAAGUUACCGAGGGGCAUGUCCCCAGCGGCGCGGAUGGAAGUAAGCCACAGUAUGUGGCCCGGACGUCCGAGGCACAGCCUGACGACGGCGCAUGA